AUGGAAUUAGAAUCGGCAAAGGCGAGGUUAAAUGUUAAACUUACACAAUUAGAACUAUCUGUGAAAAAAACGGCGAGUAUUUUGGAGAAAUGCAACGAGGAAUCAAUCGAGCGUCAACUGAACGCCCUUAAAGUGAUUACUAGCGAAGUUGAUCAGCGCAAGCGAAAAGUUGAAGAGUUACAAAUAGCGGAGAAAACCGAAGUGGACGAAAUUACGCAAUACGGCGCAUCUGUUGACGAGAAAAUCGACGCGGCGGAUAUCGAAGUUACGCGAAUCAAACGAUGGCUUCAAGAGAAAGAAGCAGAGAAAGACACUACAGAGAAGAAAGGUAAGAUGCAGUUUGAAAUGGAAUUGCAUAAACUCAAGCUAGAGGCGCAAUCUACGUCAGCCCAAAAGAAUGAUAAGAAUGUUGAGCAGGGAAAUUUUGUCGAUGCAAAACUUCCCAAAAUUGAAAUAACGCGCUUUGAUGGGUCGCCCCUUGAUUGGCCGAGAUUUUGGGGACAAUUUACAGAGACGGUGGACAAGCGUUCCGUGGCACCAGUGAAUAAGUUUGCGUAUUUGUGCGGGUUUUUGUCGCCUAAGGUUAAAACUGCGAUUGAAGGCUUACCUUUCACCCCUGAGGGCUAUAAUCGCGCCAAGUCUAUACUUGAAGAUCGGUAUGGAAAGAAUUCCGAAGUAAUUAAAGCAUACAUCAAACUGAUAAUAGAUUUACCUACUAUUAAUCAGCUUAAUCUUAAGAAGAUACAUCAAUUUAAUGACCAGUUGAUGCAUGCGGUUCAAGCUCUUCAAACUUUGAGCAAACUAGAGACGGUGAAUGGAUAUGUCCCUAUGACCUUGGACAAACUUCAAGCAAUCAGGGGGGACUUGGUGCGCACCGAUCCCGAUUGGGAGGAAUGGGACUUUGCAAAGCUAUCUGAGGCUCUCCGGUUGUGGACGCGGCGAAAUCCGAUCGUCGAAGCAAACGAAGGAGAGGGAAACAAAUCGUUGAAGCAAGACAGAUCGUCAAGGCGGUUGUUUUUCUCGAAGAGCCCAGAACGUACGUGUGCAUACUGCGACGGGGGGGACCACAAGACGGUUUCAUGCAACAAAAUCACUGACGUUAAAUGUCGCAAAGAGAUUCUAGCGAGGAAAAAACUAUGCUUCAAUUGUGCAGCCGGUAACCAUAAAGCGGCGAACUGUCCGAGCAAACGUUCGUGUCAAAUCUGUGAGAAACGACAUCACACAUCUAUCUGUGAUACCAAUCCGAAAGGCGACCCGAUGGUAAUGACCAGUAAAACCGGAAACGAAGCAAUUUUUCCAGUCGUAGUCGUGAUGGUGAAUGGUAUACGUUGUAGAGCACUGAUCGAUUCUGGUGCAGGUAGCUCCUACGCUUCGGGAAAACUGGUAGAAGCUCUAAAACUCCAGCCUGUAGAAAAGAAAGUCAGUCGAAUUGACAUGUUGAUGACGUCAAAAGUUGCGCAACUGGAGAUCUACAAAGUCAAGGUGCAAGCACUAGAUUCCGACUACGAAAUCGAGACGAAUUUGACAAAGGUAAACAAGGGCGAGUUGUUGUUCGUAGAGAAUCCCAAUUGCAAAAAUCUUCUGCAGAAAUACCCUCAUCUGAGAGGCGUAAAUCUAAAUGAGACCGAGACCAAGAAAUCCCUACCAAUCCAUGUCGUCCUGGGCAGUGGGGAAUAUGCAAGAGUGAAAACCCAAGAGAGACCUCGAGUUGGAAAAGAAGGGGAGCCAAUAGCUGAGCUAACAAAACUGGGUUGGUUCGUUAUGAGCCCUGGUACCGAAUUUGAUGCAGCAAGGAUGAUGGCAACUCAAACUUCUCAUGCUGAUUACGAAGCUCUUUGUCGAUUAGACGUGCUGGGACUCGAAGAUAAGAGCGAACACGAUCAGUUCGAAGUCUACAACGAGUUCAAAGAGCAGUUGACCAGAGCACCAGAAGGUUGGUACGAAACGGGGUUACCGUGGAAAGGGAACCAUCCACCACUCAAAGACAAUCGAGAAGGAAGUUUGAGACGUCUUACAGCCCUUCAGAACCGGCUGAACAAGCGAGAUCUUUUCGAACGUUACGCCGAAGUGAUAGAAGACCAAAUGCAGCAGGAUGUCGUUGAAGAAGCGCCAACCCUCGUAAACGGAGUCGAGUUCUACAUACCCCAUCGAGAAGUCAUCCGAGAAAGCGCCGCCACAACAAAAUUGCGAGUGGUGUACGACGCGUCUGCGAAACCAUCCCAGCAUGAUCCUUCACUGAACGAAUGCCUUUAUCCUGGACCACCCUUACAAAACAAGAUGUGGGAAGUGCUAGUGCGACAGCGAACCUUUCCUGUCGCUCUUACUGGUGAUAUCAUGAAAGCGUUUCUCCAGAUUCGCAUCAGAGAAGCAGAACGAGACGCACUACGAUUUCAUUGGACGACGACCGGUGGAGAUUGA